UUCACCGUCGCUGUACCGCGUCGCUCGUCGUUCGCCGCAGCAUUGGUUUUCCUGUGGGUCUCGCUUCUCAUCGACGGGCUCAAAAAAAACCGGUGGGCCUUUAUGGCGACGACCAUCAAUAUUGUGUUAUGGAGCAUUUGCCUUCUGCUGUCUAUAAAGUGCAAUUACACUAUCUCCACGGUAGAGCACAGCUGUUUUUUCCGAAACAUAACGAACCAAAGGCCAGAAAAAAAGGAAAUGUACUGUUUUGGAGUAGACAAAAUACCGAUAUUCAACGAGCCUGUACACGUGAUAACACUAAGGGAGUGUAACAUUAAAGAGUUAUCUGAAAAUUCGUUUUCCUUGUACAAACACAGUAUUACAGAUAUAGUAUUAAUCAACGUGAAAAAUCUCGCUACACUGAGCUCUUCGACAUUCAAGAACUUAACCAGAUUACAAUCGCUAUUCAUCUCACACGCUAUAUCUUUAAAAGAAAUACCAUCAGAUGUAUUUAGAAGUUUUUCAAAAUCAUUUUCAAGCUUACAUAUAACGAAAUCCAAUCUCAAAAAAAUACCAGAUUUAUCGAACCUGGGGUCUAUAAAAGCAAUGCACACAAUUGAAUUCGAAGGAAAUAAUAUACACAAACUGACAACGAACGGGAUCAAAACCAGAACAGAACAAUUACUAUUAGAGUACAAUGGUAUCGAAGAAAUAGAAAAUUGGGCGUUUAAUGGUUCCGAAAUAGCUAAACUGAGCCUGAAAGGAAACAAGUUGAGAAGUUUAUUUGAUCAUAGUUUCGAUGGAAUUGCAAACUUAUUAUCGCUAGAUUUGUCAGAAACGAGUAUGUCGUUUUUGCCAGCUUCGGGUUUGAUGAGUAUCGAAAAGCUUUGGGUUGAAAAGACAACAUCAUUGACUAAGAUCCCUUCGAUUUAUUCUUUCGGCAAUUUAAAAGAAGCACAUCUAACAUAUUCAUUUCACUGCUGUGCUUUCCAGUUCCCAGAUAAACACGAUCAUACAAAAUACGCUAAUCAUCAAGCAAACAUACAAGCGAUUCAAAACAAAUGCGAAGGCUCGAGGACGGCCGUCGGUGUACUGAUCGAACACCCGACUGUGACGUUGAAAACCGAAAACGCUGCGUCUGAUAACAAUGACAACGAAGAAUUCUUCCACGAGACGGCCCAGUCAACAAACAAUAUGGAAAUCGUGUGUGGCAACAUAACGCCCAUAACUCAAUCGCCCGUAAAGUGUUCGCCUCAACCAGACGCUCUCAAUCCCUGUGAAGACAUAAUGGGAUUUUUUUGGUUGCGGAUGAGUGUUUGGAUUGUCGGCGUUACCGCAUUGUUGGGAAACAUGAUCGUGCUGUUGGUAGUGAUUCGCAAGAGAGCAAACAAAUCGGUACCGAGAUUUUUGAUGAGCAAUCUGGCUUUCGCCGACUUCUGCACUGCCAUUUAUCUGUUAAUACUGGCCUACCAAGACUUUGAAUCCAGCAACAAGUACUUUAACUACGCUUACAACUGGCAAACAGGAGUCGGAUGUAAGAUCGGCGGGUUCCUAACGGUUUUCUCAUCUCAACUGUCCGUGUUCGCUUUGUGCCUGUUGACCAUUGAACGGUGGUUUUCCAUAAGAAGAGCCCUGUAUACAAACAAGUUGACGUUCUCAUCGGCGGCCAAGCUAAUGGCUAUUGGCUGGACUUAUUCGUUGUUUAUGGCCGCCUUGCCUCUGAUGGGCGUAUCGAGUUACUCGACCACCAGUAUUUGUCUGCCGAUAGACGUGAGCCGAGUGAGCAGCGUGUGCUACAUAUUGACACUGGUGUUGUUUGCCGGCGGCGCAUUCGUUUUGAUGGCAUUUUGUUAUGCACAAAUCUACAGUUCACUGAGCUACGAGACCAGACACGCCAAAGGCGAGGCUUGCAUCGCCCGCAAAAUCCUCAUCUUGGUUGGCACAAAUUUCGUUUGCACUGCCCCGGUAAUAUUCUUCGCCGUCACCGCUCUCCUAGGUCUUCCAUUGGUCGACGUCACUCAAUCCAAAAUAUUACUGGUGUUCUUUUACCCAAUCAACUCAUGUGCCAACCCGUUCCUGUACACUAUACUCACGGCCAGUUUUCGUCACGACAUCGUCUCCACAUUUACCAAGUUCGGAUUUUGUGGAAACGGCGAUAAAAAAAAAUACAAAGUCAUCUUCUCAACACAGACCAACAACACAAACCGAGUCACCCCGGUGCACUGCCCCGAGUCAAGUUCUCCCGAGCAAGCUUAAUUCCAAAUAAAAUAAAAAAGUACAUUUUAUUUUAUUAGUUAAGAGAAAGACUGAGAAAAAUGUUUCUACUAGAUAAUAAAAUGUACAACAUUUAUUCUCAACGAUUUUUAGAAUAGUGCCGCUGUAGCAUAAGCGUCAUAGAAAGUAGUUACUUGAUCGUUAUCAUAUUGUAGUCAUACCUUAGUUCUAAACUUCAUAUUUAUGAAACGUCCCGGACAAAGUGAUCUAAGUGCCAAAAAACAAAUGUGCAGGAUAAUAAAAAACUGUUUAGUUGACCUAUGGUUUUUAAUGAUGUUAACCUGCUCGCGUUUGAACCACAAAUUAAAGUCAGAAGAACUCGGAUAAGAGUAUGCUGCAUUAGCGAUAGUUUCUAGAUCACUUGGCUUGAAAAAAUACAAUUUCGCAUUUUUGGCACUUGGAUUACUUUCCCCGAAACUAUUUAACAUAAAUUCUUAACUAUUAGUUGUACAACUACUAUGCGUAUACCAAUAAGAAUGUGCAUUUAUACUUAACAGUUUUUAAUAUUAAGAAAGCGUUUUUACUUUUAUUACUUUUACUCUGUCUUUUUUUAAGAAAAUGUAUCUUCUAUUUAUUUUAAUCUAUUUUAUAACCAUACCUAUUUUUAAGA